AUGAAGUCUGUUGUAGUAAAGUGGAUUCUUGCAUUUCUAGGAUUUGGAAAUCACCAAGUCAACGGAGCUUCUGAAGAUGCAAAGGAUGUUAAUGGCCACAAUGAUUCGAAUUCAGUAGAAGAACCACCUCAUCAUGUUAACAGUAAUCGCCAUCGCAAAGGAAUUAGCGUUUCGGUUCAAGUUCCCGCCGAUAGACCUCACGAAAUCGGUCCAGUUAUAGUGCCGUGCCCCGCCGGCGAUGGUGGUGUUCAGGGCCUAAAUUGGCAUACACGACGGCUGAAAAUAGACGAAGAUGGAGACGUUGCAGACGAGUUCCUCGAAGAGAUUGUUCCAGAAACAUCUCACGGUUUACAUCACCCGACACUCUCCCAAGUUUCAAGUCAAGCUAAGCGCCAAGUCUGUGAAAGCAACAGGCCCACGCUUGUCACAAGAAGGAACGGUUCAGUGGUUCGUGAAUGUUGGCGCUAG